CUAUUGAGCGGGAAAAUGUAAAGCUGAACGGUGAGAAUUCCCAUAAACACAAGACAGAUCUAAAACUUAAGGAAACUAAAAAUUCAAACACCCGCCGGCGCCUUGACGGAUAAAAAAAUGAGGCCCACCGCACGCGGCCGCAACACUGACUCCUUCCAUCCACCGGCGUCACAACAAUCGCGUGAUUCCGAUGCCAGUUUUGCCAGUAGCCGGCCAUCUUCAGUUGCUAUGGGCCGCGCCGUCUCGGCCUCCGAGCCCUACGCCGACCGCUCGUUCCAAGCGGCGACCAUCCGUUCUAUCAACGUUUUCUUCUCCUCCCACUCAAUUCCUCCUAUGUCCACCAAACACUCUCAAGCACCAUCCGCUAAAGAGCUCUUAAAUAUUCUCACCUCCCUUCUUUCUCUUCUUGGUUUCCCUUGCACCAAACUCGAAGAUGACCUAGGGUUUCUACUGAAAUCUCUUAAUUGCCCCUUCAAAUUCAACAAAUCCACCCUCCGUGCCCCUAAUACUCCCCACAAUUGGCCUAAUUGGCUUGGUAUCAUUCACUGGCUGGUCCAACUUGCAAUCUACUAUGAAAAUUUAUAUCAGAACUCCACAUCUUCUUUUGCUCAAAACAAUAGCAUGACUGAAUAUGCUUUGGAAUGUUAUACACGGUUUAUACGAGGGGAGGAUGAUGUAGUGGAGGUUUUGGAUAAGGAGUUCGUGGAGAAGCUUGAGAAGGAGAGGGAAAAUGUGGUGGAGAACUGCAGGGCUUUGGAGAAGAGUGUUGGAGAACUGGAGGCUCAAGCCGAGCGGUUAAGGACCGGGCCAACGGAGAGGGAAAAGCUAGAGAAGGAAAAGAAUGUGUUGGAAGAAGAUGUAAAGAAGUUUCAGGCGAUGAUUGCUGAGUUUACAGGGAGGGUUGCUGCAUUGGAGAAGAUGUUGGAGGAGAAGCAUAAGGAGUUGAAUACGAAGGAAGAGGAGAGGAAUCGGAUUUGUGAGGAGACUGAGGAGCUUAAGAAUAGAGUGGAGUUGCAAACUUUUAAUGCUAGAGAUGUGGAGAGGAUGAAGAGGGAGAUGCAGGCUGUGGAGAAGGAAAUUGUGGACGCAGAGGUUGCGAGAAAUUCCUGGGAGGACAAGUCUUGGGAUCUUGAUUCUGCUAUAGCGCAGAAGUUUAAAGAGCUUAUGGCACUUGCAAUGGAAUGCAACCAAGCAAUUAGGAGGUUAAAGCUUGGUAAUGAUUUCCAGUAUGUGUUGAACGCCAAAGGUUCAUCACCCGCUGAGGUGAUGGGGAUUGACUACAAAGCUACACUUAAGCCUGAGCUCGAAAGCUAUGCUGACAAAAUAAGGGAGAGUUCUAAGAGAAAGUUUGAAGACUUGAUCGUCCUUCAACAACAAUCAAAAGAAAUGGCUGCCACAAUUGAGGACAAGAAAACCACUAUUGCUACACUUCAAUCCCGUAUUGAUGAAGUCGAAGCCCAAAUAAAUUUAUGCAAGAAGAAAAUGCAGGAAAGUGAUCAUAGAAAUAAUGCUGAAGCCAAGAAAAUGGUUGAGGAUGUCCAAUUUGAAGCUCAUAAUUUAGAUAUUGCAGAAAGAGAAGCAGCAGAGAUUCAAAAGGCUUCUCAACUGAGGUUGCAAGAAACAAUUCAACAAACCGAAGAGGAAAUCCAGAUGCAUGCACGUCAACUCUUUAUGGUGGUUGAUUCGGUGUCGAAAUAUAAAGAACAUGUUGAAUCGAAAAUUUCGGAGAUGAGGAUUAGUCUCUCCGAAACUGCUGUCGUGGUAUCGGAGGCUUAUAAGGGUUCAUUGUCAGAACAGAUCACUGGUGGUGCCAGUGCAAGGUAGUGGUAAGAAGCUGAUAAUCAGUGAUCCUAUGAUUAAGGUUAGUCUUUUCUCUUGUUGCUCAAACAACUAGUUUGCUUCUCGCAGC